AUGAGAGUGUUUGUUUUUUUAAUUUUGUAUGCGGUCUCUGUUUAUGGGAGAGUGACGCCCGACUUCUUUCCUCAAUGCAAGAGAAGCGAUCCACAGAUAGACAAGUGCGUUUUGGACGCCGUCGAGACAAUGAGGCCUCGUCUGAAGACGGGCAUUCCUGAAGUCAACAUUCCGCCUUUAGACCCCUUCAUGGUGCCAACGUUGAAACUGGACAGGACUGCUCCAAAUCUGCGAUUGAAAGCCACGAUCAAACAAACUAAAGCCUUCGGGGGAAGUAACUUUAAGAUUGAAAAGUUGAAGAUUAACUUGAAUAAUAAGUACACAGGGGAGAUUAAAAUGGUUUUCCCAAAGUUGAUGGUGGUUGCGGAUUACGACGUGCGUGGCUCUAGAAUUCUCACCCUGGACAUAAAUGGAAAAGGAAAACUAAGAGGAGAAUUCACUGGAAUAACAGUGGUUGCGAAGGGUCUAGCCAAGCCCAUACAAAAGGACGGAGUUGAAUAUCUUCAGGUGGACAAGAUUUUGACACGAAUUAGAGUUAGUAAUGCCCAGAUCGGUUUCGAUGACACGGAAAGACCACUGGCUGCCGCAUCGGCUGCGUCAUUCUUCAACUCGAGUCCUGGAGUCGUUCUGGACAUCCUUAAUCCUUUAAUAGAAGAGACAAGUGCAGCCGUCAUCAAAGCCUUCGUCAACAAGAUCCUUGGAAACAUACCCUUGCACGAGAUACUCGUUGAUGACGUACCAUCCGCAUAGAAAACUUCGGUAUUAUUUAUGAAUAGAUUCGAUAAGGAUUUACUGUAAGUUCGACUUUUCGCAGAAAUGCGGAAUGUCUCCAUAAACAAAUUGAACAAUGUUAAAACUAUGUUUCCAAAGCCUUAUGUUUUUUGAUGGUUUAGUACGAAGGUUUUAGU